GUGUCGGAUAGACUCCGGAUCUAGUCGCGCGGUGGAAUUUUAAAAGUGGAACGCUGAGAAAGAGUGCUAACAAGAUGGGAAGACUCGUGUCGAUGACCUUGCUGCUAGCAGCUUUCGCCGGGAGCCAAUCGGCCCCAACCACAACCACCUUUAUCCAGCCGGCUCAGUACUACCUGUUGCAGCCCCAGCCGGCCACCGUCAAGAUCCAGCCGCACCUGAUCCAACCGAUUCAGCACCUUAAGCUGGAGCCCAAGCAGCAGCAGCUGAUCUACUACUACCCGUCGGUUCCGCUGGGCAGCCACAUCCAGAACAAACCGGUCCAGCUGCUGCACCUAAAGGAGGAAGAGACGCCCUGGUGGCAGGGAUUCAUCAACUUCUUCCCCUCGACGGAGAAACCUGCCGAAUCGGCUACGGAAGCUCCGGCCGCGCCCGCUGAAGAAGCAGCUCCUAUGGAAUCGUCAUCCAUGAUGAAGAAUCAGCAGAUGUUCCUGGCCCCAGCCGACGCUGAGAAUCUGCCACUCAAGGCAGCAGAAGCCAAGCGUCAACAGUACUACAUCCUCAGCGGAAGUCCUCAGUUCUACGGAAACUUUGACGCCCUGCAGAAUCCGCUGAACCCUAUCUUCAGCCUGCAGCCCCUGCAAGCCAUCCACGCCCGUGCCAACUCGGACAUCCAAGCCGAAGACGGUCAGCUUCGAUUCCAGCCCCAAAUCGUCACUUCGAACGCCCCGAUCGCUCCGGUUCCCGCUCUCGUCCCAGCCCAGCUGAAGAACGAUCUGCUCGAGUCUCACCCGGACAAGGGCCAGACCAUUGACCGAACCUGGGGUCGAUCGCUGGACGAUGAACAGCUUCCGGAGCAGCAGGAUUUGCCCCAGCUUGCCGAGGGACGUUCCCAGUCGGAUGAACCCAGCGAGCAGAACCUUCCCCAGCAGGUCGAUACGGACGAGAACAAGGAGGACAAGGAGGAAGUCGGAUCUGCCCGGCAGUCGGAUGAUCCGUCGGUCGCCGCCGUCAAGCCAACCGGAAUCGCCCUGGCCGGACGUGGUGGACUGGCCGCUUCCGCACCUACCGGAACGGCUAUCGCUGGUAAAAACGGACUUGCCCUGGCCAAUCCGUCCGCCACCUCGGUCGCCGGUAACUUCUUCGGAGAUGACGAAGACGAGGACAAGAAGACGGAGUAAUUCCUCGCGCGACACCCGAUCACGACCCUCGGAACGGACCAAUUAGAUGAUUAGUUAAGGAAAAGGUUAGACAUGAGCUGCGAAAAUCUCAACGAUGGUGCUGGUAGCAAAAGCUUAUUGGACAAGGUUGCCUGUACUGAAAAGAGAGCAAUGGGCAACCUUCCCAUUACUAGAGUUUCUUAGAAAUGAAGGAUAUUUUCGUAUACGUAACGCAAACUUGGUCCUUUCAGGGGGUUGAUUGCUCAAUUGGUGGCAGUCCAUCCCCAAAAGGUCCAGGUCGGACUGACGAUCCCACCUCAAAGAGAGUGGAAGUUUAUCACAAAAGGUGAUUAGUUUUUCGUUUUGGAUUCAAAAUCUCUACUCGUGUAGUGCGCAUUCGGUUGAUUAGAUGAAAUUGUUAGAAUUAAUUUAUCGGUUCACUAUAGGUUAAGUUCAUCACGCAUCAUUUAUCAUCAUGUUUCCUGAAUGUCAUACCCAGUUUGAAUCUUAAAAAUUUCAUCUACAUUUUUAAAAGAUUUAUUGCACUGGGUAUUAUGUUCACUCUAACAAUCAUCAUCCAUUUCAUCACACAAAAAUGUGUUCAAAAAGACAAAAAAAAAUUAAAAAAAAAAAUAUUUUAAAUUGUGAAAGCA